AUGUGGAGCAUCUGCGAUGAAGAGGUGCUUAAGGAGGAGGCUCAGAAGCCUCAUAGGAAGAAUGCAACAACACGAAAGGAAGUAUAUCAGUUUCGUUGGUUUCCUUCCUUUUCUGAGAAAGGGCAUUUCUACAAGCGCCAGGAACUUGAAGACGAAGACUAUUUGAAUGACCAAAAUAUAGUAUGGCGCGUGAAAAACGAGAAAUCUCCUGAGCAGUUCUUAACAGAUGGCGUGCGAAACACGAGCAAGCUCGUUUGUCUUCAGCCAUUCACUUUGCCUUUAUAUCAAAUAUACGAUUUUCUUCCUUUUGGAAAUACUACUAAUAAAGGUAAAUCGGAACACCGCAGCAUUGUUGGCAAACCAAACUUUAGUAAAUGUUUGAUUUUAUCUGUUCUAGAACAUGAAAAGCAGCGGUUGUGUAAGAGCACCGAUUAUAUGAAUUUGCAUUUCAAAGUGAAAUGGUUUUAUAAUGAAUAUGUGCGAGAACUUCCUGCCUUCAAGGAUGCCAUUCCUGAAUACUCCUUGUGGUUUGAGCCUUUUGUCAUGCAGUGGCUGGAUGAAAAUGAAGAUGUGUCAAUGGAGUUUCUUCAUGGCGCACUAGGAAGAGACAAAAAAGACGGAUUUCAGCAGACAUCUGAUCAUGCCCUCUUCUCUUGUUCCGUGGUUGAUGUGUUUGCUCAGCUUAAUCAGAGCUUUGAGAUUAUUAAGAAACUGGAAUGCCCUAACCCUGAAGCAUUAUCUCACUUAAUGAGAAGAUUCGCAAAGACUAUCAAUAAAGUACUGCUUCAGUAUGCUGCAAUUGUAUCAAGUGAUUUUAGUUCCUACUGUGAUAAGGAAAAUGUGCCCUGUAUACUGAUGAACAAUAUUCAGCAAUUACGGGUUCAGUUGGAAAAAAUGUUUGAAUCCAUGGGAGGAAAAGAGAAGAAGGAAGGAGAAAGAUUCUCUUAUGAGUUAGAUCCUGAAGCUAGUGCUAUUCUGAAGGAACUUCAAGUUAAACUCAGUGGGGUUCUAGAUGAGCUCAGCAUCACUUACGGGGAAAGUUUCCAGGUUAUCAUUAAGGAGUGUAUAAAACAGAUGGGAUUUGAACUAAAUCAAAUGAGAACAAAUGGAAAUACUGCAUCUAAUAAGAACAGUGCGGCAAUGGAUGCAGAGAUUGUAUUAAGACCUCUCAUGGACUUCUUAGACAAAACAUUGAGUCUCUCGGCAAAAAUCUGUGAGAAAACAGUUCUGAAGCGAGUUUUGAAAGAGCUGUGGAAGCUAGUUCUAAACACAAUAGAAAAACAGAUUGUUCUCCCUGCUCUGACAGAUCAAACAGGACCCCAGAUGAUUUUCAUCACUGCUAAAGAUCUUGGACAAUUAUCGAAACUAAAGGAGCACAUGAUUCGAGAGGAUGCCAAGGGUCUGACGCUAAGACAGUGCACCAUAAUGGAGGUGGUCCUGGCGACCAUCAAGCAAUACUUCCAUGCGGGAGGAAAUGGCCUCAAAAAGAAUUUCUUGGAGAAAAGCCCCGAUCUUCAAUCGCUGAGAUAUGCUCUCAGUCUUUAUACCCAAACGACUGAUGCCUUGAUAAAGAAGUUCAUAGACACUCAAACCUCACAGAGUCGCUCCUCCAAAGAUUCAGUGGGUCAGAUAUCUGUUCAUGUGGACAUCACCACCACCCCAGGAACUGGAGAGCAUAAAGUCACUGUGAAAGUGAUGGCUAUUAACAACCUGAACUGGCAGACCACCGCCAUGUUCCGCCCCUUUGUGGAAGUUUGUCUGCUGGGACCCAACCUUGGAGACAAGAAGAGAAAACAAGGCACAAAGACAAAAAGCAACACCUGGUCGCCCAAGUACAAUGAAACAUUUCAGUUUAUUUUGGGUAAUGAAAACCACCCAGGAGCCUAUGAACUUCAUCUCUCAGUUAAGGAUUACUGCUUUGCCCGGGAAGAUCGAAUUAUCGGAAUGACAGUGAUUCAGCUACAGAGCAUAGCAGAAAAGGGAAGCUAUGGGGCAUGGUAUCCCCUUUUGAAAAAUGUUUCUAUGGAUGACACCGGUUUGACUAUUCUUAGAAUACUCUCUCAGAGGACCAGCGAUGAUGUGGCGAAAGAAUUUGUAAGACUUAAAUCUGAAACAAGAUCUGCUGAAGAGAGUGCUUGAAAGGAAUACUGAAGAUACCAUCUUCGAGAAUGCAUAAACUAUAAUUGUUUGACUACUGCAUGCAUGUGCAAAUACAUGGGAAUGUUUAUUUCACUACAUUUCGGUGUUUGCCAGUAAUCACGUACAAUGUCUACAAAGUACGUGGAAAACCUGCAGAACUUGUAUACAGACCAUCACUGGUCUUUGGGAAAUAAAUGUUCCAUGAAGUGCCAAAAUUAUGAUGUAAAGUGAAAUAUCCAGAUCUUUUUAAAUGUUUAUUGCAUCUCAUUAACAAUUUUUCACCCACUAAGCAUACUGAAAAACAAUUAAGUCUUUUCAGUUCAUCUAUUAGUUGUUUUUGUUAAAUUGGUUUCAAUUGCCCAUAGAUCAAAAAGAUUUGUUACUCAAAUUCUGUUUUAUUUAGACUUACCUCAUUGUAGAUGUCUUAGAAAUACCCUUUUCUAUUAUAACUGGAAAUGCAGUCACCACUAGAAAGCAUUUGUAAUUUUAUAGUUGAAGAUAUAUUGUGAUGAUUUUUGCAUACAAAUUAAAAUAGAAAAGGUGGGAAAUAUUUUAUGCUGACCAGUUUCCAACCUUUCUGAAAUAUCACUGUGAAGAAAUGCUAUUAAAGCAAACUUAUACAAAGCAAUGCUAAAUAGUUUGUUAACAAUGUUUGAUAUAUUGACAAAACUUUGUUCUUCAAAACUGCCACAGCCACAUCACAUUUGUUAAAAAGGUAAGUUGAUGCACUUGCCACCUAGCAUUAUGUCUUGGCUUUAUCAAAUUUAAUUCUUUACAAAGUCAUGUAAUGGAAAGUUUUUUUAAAAAAAUAUCUAUCAUAAGUAACUACCAUUAGUGUUUUCCCUCUGACAGAUAUGACUAACUCCUUAAUUACUUAGCACUGUAAUCAGUUAAAUGCUUUUUUUCUUUUAAAAAUAUUCAACGAUUUGUACUAAAUACAGCAUUACUAUAUAUUGCACUGGAACACAAAGCCUUGUCUUCAUCUACUUAAUGAAAAAUGUAAAACAGAAUCUAAAGAAAUUGCUUACAAUCUUGUAAUUUAUGUUAUUUAUAAGACCAAGAUGCAUCAGAUGAAAUAGGAAAACAAUAACUAAGUUGGAUUUUGAAUAUGAAAUACUUCAUGAAUAUUUGCAUUUGCUGUAUCUUUAUGGUUUGACUUUUUGGAGUCUAUCUAAAUAGUUGGCUGUAGAACAGUACUUUGAAACAUGCGCAUAACUGUUAGUGGACAACAUAUACCUGCAGAAACAAGAACCAAUUACAAUGAUUGUGUUUUGUGAACAAGCUGGUCUGGUAUGUUAAGAACAAAAUUAAUAUUAUCCUGAAUCUCAGAACCAUUCUGCUACUGGAUGUGAAAACACAGACCAGUGAAAUCCACUAAUUCAUGUUAAAUUGUUAGGCAAUUGCUUUGUUAAUGACUUCUCCAAAUGCAUAGUGCAAUGUGAUCCUGUGGCAUAUGCAUUAAUAAAUGGAUGUAUAUUGAGAACAUGCAACA